UGAACCUGAACGACUUUGUUUCUAACUCGAGCGUUGGACGCGCUUAAGUUUACUAUGUUGUCAGAUUCAGGUUUAAUUGCGCGACGGAAGGAUUUAAUGCAAACAUUAAUGCAGUAAGCGCGUGUGCGGCGCGUUUCAGCGCGUGCGUGUGAUGUGCAGGACGCAGUCAAGACGCUGAUGCGAUCCACUGAUGUCCUCCGAACAGGAACUCAUCCGUGCCCUUCACCAGCCAAGUCUUGACCUUCCAGCAUUCAAACAGUGAGGCACAAGCACUUUAUUUUUGAGCCACAUUAACCCACACUGCUGGUCGCUUCACCACCUCAGUGGACUCAUGGGUACCGUACUAUCCCUCUCGCCGGGUACUCGAAAACCUGGUUAUUAUGACGACCGGCCCGGUUCUCUAAGCCAUUACCCAAGCCUGAGCAGCCGCUCGCUGAACACUCAAAAGGACCGCAACCUCAAACGCCAUUCCAUUUUCCUCCCCGCUCUCACCUGGAAACGACUGGUGGCCUCCACCAAGAAGCGGGGUGAGUCCAAAAAAGCCUAUCCUGGAGGUCAUGGCGCCGUUGGGGCUCCUCUCAACAACAAUAACAUCUACCAAAAGGAUCCGGUCUUGCACCUAAACCACGAAAAUGUGAAAAAGUCUCUCUCCUGCGCCAAUCUCGCUAGCUAUGAGGGUCCAGCGGGUCUAGGCCUGGGCUUGGGUUACGGAAAACCGCAGCAGAUUUCCUCUGUUAAGAAGAAUUCGCCUACAUGCACUUCCACACCCAAGCGUGUGAUCGUCCAGGCCUCGACUAGUGAGCUGCUUCGCUGCCUGGGCGAGUUUCUGUGUGGCCGCUGCUAUCGGCUCAAGCACCUUUCCCCCGCAGAUCCGGUUCUGUGGCUGCGGGCUGUGGACCGCUCACUCUUGCUCCAGGGCUGGCAGGACCAGGCCUUUGUGACCCCAGCCAACGUGGUGUUUGUGUACAUGCUGUGCCGUGACGUGGUGGAUGGCGACGUGGUGUCUUCAGAGCAUGAGCUCCAAGCAAUUCUACUAACCUGUCUGUACCUGUCCUACUCCUACAUGGGGAACGAGAUCUCAUACCCGCUCAAGCCCUUCCUGGUGGAGGCGGGUAAAGAGGCAUUCUGGGACCGUUGUCUGGCCAUUAUCGACGUCACCAGUGCCAAGAUGCUGCGCAUCAACGCAGACCCGCAUUUCUUCACGCAGAUCUUUGCCGACCUGAAGAGCGAAGGAGGUUGCGCUUUGCAGGACUACGCUAGAGUUCUGGAUUGGUGAAAAGAGGACCUAACAGAUUUUCUCUGCGAAAGUGACACCGUCAGCAUCCCUCACCUUCAUUCUGGCCCCCAUAUGCCUUGUCACAAAACAGUGGGACUUUUAUGAGUCUCCCUUUUACUGAGAAUUCUGCAAGAAACAGAAAGAUGCAACAUAUUCC